AUGGCUGGCUCCACGCAGAACGUGACGAUGUGGGGUCUCCCCGACAAGAAACCGAAGGUUGCUCCGCCCAAGUGCUUCAAUAUCGCGUCUCGCAUACAGAGGAGCGGCGUGGAACAGCCAAUGACUUGCCGCGUGCACCCUGUGGCCAUCUUGAAGAUUUUAGACGCUUACGUAAGAAGGCCAGAGGGCGCCAAGAGAAUCAUCGGGACGCUUUUAGGCUGGAUCAGCGAAGGCAGCGUAGUUGACAUCACGGAUAGCUUCCCAGUCGUCCACAAGGAAAGCUCAACCGAUGGCGUAAUGAUGGACCAGGACUACCACAAGCAGAUGCUUGCACUCAGGCAGAAGGUGUCCCCCCGCGAGGUGGUCGUUGGGUGGUUCGCGACAGGCAGCGAGAUCACACCCAUCUCGGCAAUGAUCCACAAGUUCUACUGCACCAAGGAGUCUCAGUUUACGCCCACGGCAGUGCUGCCAGGUCCCAUCCACAUGCUUGUGGACCCUGCUCUCGGAGCGCAGCAGUCUUUCGUGCUCAAGGCGUUCGUGAACGUGGAGACUAAGAUCGCCGAGAGCCUCCUGCAGUUUCACGAGGUGCCCCUGCGGGUGCAGACGAGCGCAGCGGAGAAGUCCGGGAUCUCCCAGCUUAUGCAGGCUCGGCGCCUCACGCGCGAGGCCGCGGCGAACGGAUCGGGGCCCAAGGACCUGGCGUCCCUCGACGGCUUCGAGGGCGGCCUCAAGGAGCUUCUCGGCUUGUUCCGGCGCAUGCGAGAGUACGUGCAGGCCGUCACCUCGGGCAGGUUGGAGGGCGACCUCGCCGUGGGCCGCGGGCUGACGGCGGCGCUGUGCGCGGAGCCAGUGAUAGACGUGGCUUCCGUGGAGAAGCUCUGCAACAGCGCCCUGCAGGACGCCCUCAUGGUCGUCUACCUCUCGAACCUCACCAGGACGCAGAUCGGCAUCGCCGAGAAGAUCAACGCCUUGCCGCCUCCGCCUGAGAAUUAG